CCCCCUCGAGGCCCUGAACCGCAAGGCCCCCCUCGUGUGUGCUUCUCCUGCUUGGCGCGCCCCCGGCCAAACGCAUCCCCACCUCCUCCCCUUCCCGUCGCUCGCUGGCUUCCAACGCACGCGAGCCUCGCAUCGCAUCGGAAUCCUCACGCGAUCCCUCCGCCCCCCGCCGCGGCGCCGGCCACCACCGCCAAUGCCCGGCGGCGCGCGGCGCCGGUGAAGGGUGAGGGCGAGCAGCGCCGUCGCGCGCGCGCCCCGCCCGUUUGGAUUCCAUUCCUUCCUCUCCCCACUCACACCCACUGCUCAAUUUAUUCCCACGCGCCCCACGCUGACGCCUCGUCGCACUCGUGUCUCGCGUCCCGUCCCGUCUCGGCGUCGCCUCGCCUUCGCCUUCGCCUAUUUAAGGGGGGGCGAUAUGCUCUUCGCCAGGAGGCCGCUCGCCACCGCCGCCAGCCACCUCGCGCCCUUCUCCCCUCCCCUCCUCCUCUUCUUCGCCUCCGCCUCCUCGUCGUGCUCAUCCGCCGCGUCGCCUUCUUCGGCCUCGGGCCCUAGAGGGUGCAGUGCUGUAAGGAUGGAGACCGGUGCGGUGGAGCCAGCAUCAACAGGAGCAAUAUGGUCAACGCCAUCAGUGGAACCUAGAACCAUUUCUGUUGGGAAAGAGAUAUUCUGCAACCGGUCACUCAACAUGAGGAACAUCACUGCAGUAGGAUUUGAUAUGGACUACACUCUUGCGCAGUACAAGCCCGAGACAUUUGAGGCUCUUGCUUACCAUGGCACAAUAGAGAAGCUUGUCAAGGACCUUGGCUACCCUGAGGAGCUGUUAACAUGGCAGUUUGACUGGAAAUAUAUGGUCAGAGGAUUAGUUCUUGAUAAGAAGAGAGGGAAUAUCUUGAAGAUGGAUCGGCACAAGUAUGUGAAAGUUGCUUAUCAUGGAUUUAGGGAAAUGUCAAAAGAAGAAAAAGUGUCUGCUUAUGGAAGUACAUUGAUACGAGAUUCCUUUGAUGAGCCUGACUAUGCCCUCAUAGAUACACUUUUCUCAUUGGGUGAAGCCUAUCUGUUUGCUCAACUUGUUGAUUUCAUGGAUAACAAUCCUGGAAAAGUACCUUCAGGCACUGACUAUCCGCUUAUGUACAGAGAUGUGAGGUCUGCUGUUGACUUGUGCCAUCGUGAUGGAACAUUAAAGAGAAUGGUCGCAAAGGAUCCUAGCAGGUACAUCAACGAGGACUUGGCCAUUGUACCGAUGCUUGAAAUGAUUAGAAAAUCUGGGCGCUCAACAUUCUUGGUGACAAAUAGUCUGUGGGACUACACAGAUGUUGUCAUGAACUACCUCUGUAGGCCAUAUACCUCAGAUGUAAGCUCCAGUCACAACCACAAGUGGCUUGGAUAUUUCGAUGUUGUGAUAACAGGAAGUGCAAAGCCAGGGUUCUUCCAUGAUGGUAACCGUGCUGGACUGUUUGAAGUUGAGCCUGAUUCUGGAAAGCUUUUAAAUGCUGAUCUUCAUAUUGGAAGCCCCAGAUCAGGUCAGCAGCCUUCAAGGCCAAUCCACAAAAUUUACCAGGGAGGAAAUGUUGGUCAUCUUCACAGAUUACUUUCUGUUGCUUCUAGUUCUCAGAUCUUAUAUGUUGGAGAUCACAUUUAUGGAGACAUACUGCGCAGCAAGAAAGUCCUUGGUUGGCGCACAAUGCUAGUAAUACCAGAGCUAGAGCAAGAGGUGAAACUUCUUUCGGAAUCAAAAUCUACUCGAAAGGAGCUUAGGCAUCUUAGGAUGGAGCGUGAUUCAAUUGAAGAUAAAAUCCAUCGUCUUGAAUGGUCACUCAAGUUUGAAAAUCUUACAGAAGAUGAGAAGGAAAAGUUAUUCUCGGAGCAUGACAUUCUGCUGCAAAAGAAGGAACAUGUUCGUCGGCUUCAUCAAGAGGCUCAAAGGCAACAUCAUCAUAAGUUCCAUAAAGUGUGGGGGCAACUCAUGAAGACGGGUUAUCAAAACUCCCGAUUUGCUCAUCAGGUCGAGAGAUUUGCGUGCCUUUACAGUAGUCAAGUCACAAACUUUGCUUUGUAUUCUCCCAACAAGUACUACCGUCCAAGCGAAGAUUACAUGCCCCAUGAGUUCGAUGUGCUUGGGCUGUAGGAGUUCUCCCGGUCUCCUUGAAUAGAUUUUCAGCUUGCAUCUGGAUAGGAGCAUGAUCUUUUGUCCUGUGGCUCUUACCGUCUAAUAACAUUGUAGUUUCUGUUAAUUUUGUAAGCAAGUGUGGGAUUAAUCUGGUGAAUGUUCACCUGUUCUUUUCAAGUUACCGCUGAAAAAAGAAAGCGAAAGGUUUGUGUAAUUAUAGUCGGCCAUAGCAGAUCAGCAAUUUAACUAUAUCUUUUUGUACAUAAUAACAAGCUUAUAGUGAAAUUAAAGGAAAAGUUCUUGAUGGAAAGUUUUA